AUGAAGGGUCAAGCAAAGUCCCGCUCUGGCUGCAGGGCCUGCAAGAGCAAAAGGCUCAAGUGUGACGAGAGCAAGCCUAGCUGUAAUAAUUGUAUUACGAGGAAGAUUAGUUGUCCGGGGUAUCAGCAGACUCUCAAGUGGUCCACCAAAUAUGAGCGAAGAAAGGACAAGACGAGUGAUCCUCCUGGUUUCAAUCAACUCAUCUUUGCUGCGUCUGAGUCAGUUCAGCGUCGUGGUUCUGAUGUGACGGUAUCUCCACCGCAGAGCAGACGGUCGUCUACUACUUCACAACAAGCUUCAAGUCCUGCUACAGUAUCAUCGGUUCCUGCAUAUUUGCCUUCCGACUCAAGUCUCGUGUGUCAAGAAGACAAGGACAUCAAGAGCACAGCCAUUGCAGCUACGAAUUGCGCCCAGCCAUGCAACACCUCUCGGAGGCGUUCAAUAUUGACAUCACCUAACGUCGCGGACAGUACGACGUCUUCAAACAACAUGCCUCUCAUUCUACUCCCACAAGACCCAACGCCGAAGACCCCCGAAGAAACCGAAGAUCAAGCUAUCGCUCUCUACAGACGGCGCUCAUCAUGCUAUAAAGCAAUGAAUACUCCAACAACCAUAUCUGAACCGUCAACAUUCUUAAUCGAGCUCUGGUUCAAAUCUGUCUGCGGCUCAUGGGCAGCAUACGACUCCCCUACCAAUCCCUUCCGGCGGUUGGGGUCCUCCCUUUGGGGUUCCUCAAGACCAUUGUUCUACUCUCUUCAGAGCAUGGCGGCUGCUUCUCUCACACGACGACAACCUCAGAUACAAGAAAUCGCUGCAUCGGCCCCACGAAUAGCGACCGAAGCUAUAAUUCAAGAGCUUAAAGAUCUCUUCGCAUCGCCGAAUAGUGUCACCACAAUACCUCACGCGCUCAUCAUAUCACUGUUCUGUCUGAGCUCAUCGCUUUGCUGGAUGGACCAUAAACAACUUGGUCUACAAUAUCUACGACACGUGCGCGUAAUACUAGCCCUCCUCGAAAUGCGAUCCGAGUACCUCUCAAAACAAGACCAAAGCUUAGUCGGCUUCUUCAAGGAAUGUCUUAUUUACGAAGAAUCCGUCCGUAGUAUCGUGACAAGCACCAAAGACGACAUCAGCACGCUCACAGAAUGGACGCCAGCGACGUAUCCACCAUAUGACUUUGUUCUUCAUCCUUGGACAGGUGUUCCACCCAAAAUAAUUGCUUUGUUUGGAAAGUCAAUGUCGCUGUGUCGCAGAUCGCGGGAUACUUGGCGGAACUGCACUGCGCCGACGUAUGAGGUUAUGUGGCAGACAAUGAUCAACAUUAACGAAGCGCAAAUCCUCGAAGAGACGCUCUUGUCUGUGCAAGUGCCGAAGCUCAUCAGCGACGCGGCAGAUACUUAUACGAACAAGGGCCAGAUUAAUCUCGAUUUACAUCACGCUGCAGAAGUCUUUCGACUCUGUUCAUUAUUACAGCUUUACCAAACAUUUCCAGAUCUUGUGUCGAGAAGACUUCCCGAGAGGAUAAACGGGAGUGUAACACAAGUUACAUGGCCCACGUCACUCGCGCUUCACAUCACAGGCCUGUUAUCCAACAUCCCUGCCUCGUCGAUCCGAUGUCUGCAACCCUUGCUGUGUCUCGGAGUCGGCUCAGGAUUGCGGUGUAAGACGAUCUGCGCUGAGGAAAAGCCACCGCAAUUAGAGAUCCUAGACGCCACCUCCGAGGAGUGCGAAGAAACUAACCAGAACCAUUUCACAGACGUCAACUUGGCGCGUGAGUUUAUUGUUGAGAGACUCAGAGGGUUUGGCAAUGGCCCAGCUGCUGGGCCUAUUGUCGUGCUGCGGGAGUUGCUGCAGGCUGUGUGGUCGUAUUAUGAUUGUGAAACAGUGCCGGGGUCAGUUCAUUGGCUUGAUGUGAUGGAUGAUUUAAAGUACGAGACUGUAUUUGGUUAG